AUGAAGAACUUGCUACACUACAAGUUGAAACUUCGCUAUGACCAGGUGACUACGAAGAGGAUUGAGAAAGAAAAUAGUAGUACAAACUUGCAAAAUACUCUUUUACAGAGAUCUAGUCCUAAUAAUACUCAAGGUGGAAGGCUAAUUGUUAUUUCUCCAAAUGCACUCAUACAAGCUACAACAAAGAAUUCUCAAAUGUUUGAAGCAAUGUUACAUGCUUGUUGA